AAUUUUUUGUUCAAAUAGACACAAAAAUAUUUGAUUAAUUAAUUUACCUCUAAAAUCCACCAUGUAAUGAUACUGUUCGUUUGCGUUUUCUAUAUAACGGCCGCCAUGUGCAGAGUGUUGUGGGCUUCUCCACAUUUCACUCUGCACUCAGAUCCCAAAAGUGGUAUUGAAGUAUAAUUGGCAUGGAAGCCUGCGGUCAAAAUGAAUUCAAGUGUGAUGAAGAAAAGGCAUUAAAUAGCUUGCUUGAUGCCUUUGGCUCUGUGUUUUCUCUUGAAGAAAUAGCUUCUGCAUAUUGUAAGGCCAAUCGGGAUGCAGACCUGGCUGGUGAAAUAUUGUUUGACAUGCAGAGGAGCUCCUCAACGUCAACAACCAAUUCACCUAAUGCAGAUGCUGGGGUUGAAGCAAAUGCAAAAUCAUCAGAUAGUCUCUUCUCUCACAAUUCCUUUCAAGAAAGAUAUCCAAAGCCCAAGUUUUGCCCAGUUUCAGUUGGCACUGUUUCAAGCAGGCUUGGUAAGGAUUAUGUAAGAUCCAUGCCAUCAGCAAAUAGGUAUUAUCAUGGAACAACUAAGCCGUUAAAGUUGGAUGCGAAUUUGCUGACAAUGUCUGAAAGCUGGGCUGAUGAGUGUGAGCCAACUAUUUUAAACAAUGAUCAGCUUCACCAGGACAUGGAAGAUUUCUUAUUUAAAAUGCUUGGAGAUGGUUUCCGGCUUGACAGAGAGAAGAUACGGGAAGUUCUGGAUAAUUGCAGGUAUGAUAUGAAAAAGAGCAUGGAUAAGUUGAUGGAUGAAUCAAUUUUAACUAUUGACAAAAAAGCACGUGUCGUUGGCGAAUCUUCUAGAAGGUCGAAAGAUUGGAAGCCAAAAUCUAAAGUACCUUCAUUUGAAAGAAAGUCAGAAAAUGUAAAUUAUCCAGGAAUUUCAAACAAAGGAGUACAUGGGAAAAGGAAUGAGAGAGAGAAGGUUCAGCAAGAACUCUUGACUUCUUUAUUUCAAGUUCGUGAGCAUUCUGAAGAGUCUUCUGAAAAAAUAACAAAGGAUGCUAAAAAGCUUUCACCAUACAGAAAAGUGGUAGAUGGACCUCCUGAUGAUUCCUUGGAAGAAUUCAAGAUUGACACAAACUACUCACGACAAGAAAACAUAGAUCCAGAGGAUGAGGUUGACUACCAGAAUCUCCGUAAAGCUGUGAAGGAGUACCGAGGAGCAAUGAUUGAAUACCAUAAAGCAGCUGUUGAAGCAUUUGUGAAUGGGGACCGUGACAAAGCAAAGAAACUUCUAGAUCAGGGACAAGUUUAUCUCACAAAAGCGCGCGAAGCAGAUGAAGAAUCUAGUAAAAUGAUUGUUGAAACUAAGAAUGAAGAGUCACAAGCACUUGUGCUUGACUUACAUGAAUUUAGUUCAGGGCAGGCCAUACGUCUAUUAAAGUGUCAUCUGUCUACACUAUCUGGUCCAUCAUUCGAGUACCUUAAGGUUAUCAUUUAUGAAAGUAAUCAAGAUGUCUCUCAAGGUCCUCAAUGUCAAAAAAGAAAAAGACGGAUCACGGCGCUUUUACAAAACGAGUCUAUAGAGUGGAACGAAGGGGAGACUUCUGGCACACUCUUGAUCAGAUUGGAUAAAAUAGACCCGAAACGCCUGAGUUUUCACCAAAAUAAUGUGAUCGUUGGAAUCAAGCUGUUAAGUGCUACUUUAGAGUGA